AGAUCCUUAUCAAGUACUAGUAUUAAUCCAGAAAACAGAAAAAUCAGGUCCCAUCUGGUAGUUUGGGCGCAAACCUUCAUUAUCUAUCUAUCUGCUUAGCCUCUAUUUGAUUCAAAAUCUGCAAAAAAAAAAAAAAAAAUGGCACCAAAGAAAGAGAUGGAAGUGGUAAAAGGCCUGGACGUGGAGAGGUAUAUGGGUAGAUGGUAUGAAAUUGCUUCAUUUCCUUCGUUCUUCCAACCAAAAAAUGGGGUUGACACAAGGGCCACCUACACUUUGAACUCUGAUGGAACUAUCCAUGUUCUGAAUGAAACCUGGUCUGAUGGCAAAAGGGAUUCUAUUGAAGGCACUGCCUAUAAGGCUGACCCCAAAAGUGAUGAGGCAAAGCUCAAAGUCAAGUUCUAUGUCCCCCCCUUCUUGCCUAUCAUUCCUGUUACUGGGGAUUACUGGGUUUUGUAUAUUGAUGAUGAUUACCAGUAUGCCUUGAUUGGCCAGCCUAGUAGGAAGUAUCUUUGGAUACUGAGCAGGAAAACCCACUUGGAGGAUGAGAUCUACAACCAGCUUGUUCAAAAGGCUGCUGAGGAAGGCUAUGAUGUUAGUAAGCUGCACAAGACACCACAGCAUGACCCUCCUCCAGAGAGUGAUGGUGCUUCCACCGAUAACAAAGGGAUUUGGUGGAUCAAAUCUUUAUUUGGGAAGUAGUUAGUAAUAGACCCCUUUUCGAAAAUUGCGGCGUUAGUGAUGCAAUCAGUAAAAGAAAUAGUAGUGGUGUUGAAUAAAAGGGCCUUAGAGUCCCAUCUUUGGUAAUGUAAUUAUUAUUUCUGCUGUGUCCUUGCUGUAAUGUUUGAGAAUAGUGUGGUUUGAUCUCGAAUGCAAUUUGAGUCUUUGCCUAAAA